AUGAAGCAAGUUCGAUUUCUGCUUCAGCAUUCUUAUAGUAAGGAUGGCAGCCGCGUGAAACGUCCCGGGUCGUUGCCGAAUUUUCCUUCCGACAUCUUAUCCAAAGUCUACCACGAGGCCGUUCGGAAAGGAAAAGUAAAUCAGCAGGGCGGGGAGGCCACGGGCUUGGAGGGCUCGCAAAGUUUGUCAUCGUCCGCGGGGUUAGGGUUGGGGGGGGCGGUGUGGUAUUCGGAAUGGCGUAAUACGCGGGAGGUCACCAACCACGUGGGUGAGUUGGGCGUGAUGAGCCCACGAGCGGCCCAAUUGCGUGAGAAGGAAGGAGAAGAGAAAGGGACGGGUUUGGACAAGGAAGACGAAGUCGCACGUGAAGUGCACCCUACUGAAGAUGUUCAUGAAAGUUCACCUGGUCUGGAUGCGCACCCUAUACCAAAAUUGAAGGAGGCUGUUCCCCCGACGGGUAGUUUUUCUAGUACACACAGUUCAACGCCUGCAUCGUCCGACAGGGUGCCCAUGCUUCGGAAGCCGGAUAUCAUCACUUCGCUGGAGCAGUUUCGAGCCCUCAAGUGGCAGGCUCGCCAAAAGGUGCCACCAUGGGGAAGGAAUGCUGCCGUAGGUGUAUCUAAAGGUAUCGUUUCGAGUAAAAUGCGACCUCGACAUAGUGGCGUUCAGCUUCAAAUACUGAACUUAUAUCGUCGCAUGCUGAAGGAGGCGUUUCGUAUGCAUGACGCUGAUACGCGAUCGAACUUACAGACUUACAUUCGAAGCGAGUUUGACAAAAACGUGGAUGUGUCACGAAAACACGUUGCGAAGAUCGAGUGGUGUAUCAAUACCGGGAAGCGUAAGCUAGAGGACCUGCAGCUUAUGAAUCCAAAUACGAAAUUUUGCAUGAAACGAUAA